AUGACGGCUAACCAAGCACUGUAUGAGAUCGAAAGAAGCGGAUCCUGGAAAGGCUUUGGGAGUGGUGCUCCAUGUAUCCUCGGUAUCGAUGAAGCUGGUCGAGGGCCCGUUCUUGGACCGAUGGUGUAUGGAUGUGCUGCUUCACCACUUGAUUGUGAAAAUGAACUGAAAGAGUUAGGAGUGGCUGAUUCGAAAGCUUUAACCGAAACUAAACGAGAAGAAAUCUUUACGGACAUGUGCACAAACAAGUCUACUAUGCAGAUUGUGGCAUAUGCUGUUUGCUGCUUGUCGCCUCAGCACAUUAGCACUUCAAUGUUAAGACGGCGGAAAUGCUCACUGAACGAGAUAUCGCAUAUGGAUACUGUUGGACCAAAGGCCACGUAUCAAUUAAUGCUUGAAAAACUAUUUCCUGGUAUAGCUGUUACGGUGACCGAAAAGGCUGAUGCUUUGUUCCCAAUAGUUAGUGCUGCGUCUGUUGCAGCAAAAGUCACGCGUGAUCAUCUUCUUCGAACAUGGAAAUUCUCUGAGCAUGGUGUGAAUGUUCCCAGUGAUGGUUAUGGAAGUGGAUAUCCCGGAGAUCCAAGCACAAAGAAAUUCUUAGUCGAAAGUCUCGAUCCUGUGUUUGGGUACUCGUCGUUGGUGCGAUUCUCAUGGAAGACUGCCGAGAUCCUGCUUGACAAGCACUGUGUAGAUGCUCAGUGGUGGUUUCGGGUGUAUGCUUCUGCGUUUCCUGAUUCAUUAGGGAAAUUGGUGAAGAAACUGGACGAUUUCCAGUUAGCAGACCGUCGAGAGAUUCAGGCUCAACCACCCACCACUCACUUGCGGACUGUCGUAUGCAUCAUGAGUUUGAAAGAUUCUCCCAAUCUGUGGAUGAAAGAGUUGCCAGAAAUUGUCUCCUUAUUUCGAUGGCAAGAUGGCGUUUACCAUCCAAUCCUUUAUGUUGCUGAGUUGAUGAGUCGUGAAAAGGACCUUGUUCAGCUGGAGCCAAACACGACAGUUGCCAGUUUCCAAAUAAUAUAUCAACCUGUUUCUCUAGGGAAAAUAAGAUUCCAUCGAAUGAUUACAUCAUCCCUCGCACAGCUCCUGGAACUAGGUUUCACUCAAAGGGAUAUCGAGGACGUAAAAGGAAUAUUCGGUGACACUAAUCUUUAUCUUCUUGGGGUGACUAUUUUCGUCUCUGCCAUUCAUAUUCUUUUUGAUGUGCUUUCCUUCAAGAAUGAUAUAUCAUUUUGGCGUUCUCGAAAGUCUAUGGUUGGGCUGUCAACUAAGGCGUUGUUGUGGAGGUGCUUUUCAUACACAGUUAUUUUUUUCUAUCUGAAAGAUCAAGAUACAAGUCUCCUUGUCAUUGUUCCUGCUGGUAUUUCGGUGCUCAUUGAGUUUUGGAAGCUGAAAAAGGCCUUUAAGAUCUCUUUCUCUUGGCGGCGAGGAGUAAAAUUUGGAGCGCACACAGCUGAAGAGGCAAAAACAGACGCUUUCGACAACGAGGCAAUGAAAUAUCUUAUGUGGCUGAUGACUCCGCUCUGUAUUGGUGGUGCAGUAUAUAGUUGGUUUGUCGAGUCUCUCGCCAACGGCGUUUAUGCUUUCGGGUUUCUGUUUAUGCUUCCACAGCUAUUUGUCAAUUACAAGUUGAAGAGCGUUGCCCACUUACCAUGGCGAGCUUUCACUUACAAGGCGUUCAAUACAUUCAUCGACGAUCUGUUUGCGUUCAUAAUCGUCAUGCCCACGUCUCAUCGUGUUGCAUGUUUCCGGGACGACAUCGUAUUUAUGGUCUAUCUUUAUCAGCGGUACCUGUAUCCCGUUGACCAUUCUCGAAUUAAUGAAUUCGGAGAAACCGGAGAUGUCGGACCGGUCGUUGAAAAGCAAGCUGAUAAGAUUUCUGAUGACGGUGAUUCUGAGAAAGUUAGAACUAGGAAGAAAGUUUCGAAGAAGAUAGACUGA